UAAAACAGAAUAGAAAAACAAGUAAAUUGUUAGUGCGUAAAAACUACAGAGCAAUAUACACUGCCAGCGAUCAACAUUUACAAAAUCUUGCUCUUUGGAGAAAAAUCUACAUAAUCUAAUUACGAGCACCUGACAACUGUGCAGCAAGCAACGCCCCACCUCCGCCCCUAAAACAAAAAGAGUAAGCGGAAAUUGAAAACGAUACGGUAGAGCGCAAGUGGAGGCCGCACCCACAAACACUGAGCCACAAUGCAUUUAAGCGCCGACAUUUCUAGUGCCUUGCAGCAAAUAGAGGCUGUUAAAAAGGGCAUUGAUGAGUCCGACGAUCCAAAGCUUCAAAUGCAAACAGCAGAAAGCUUAAACACUAUACUAGGUAUACUGACGGAUCCAGUAUUUCGUACUAUUGGCCAUGUACAGGAAUCGCUUUUUGAGCUGGGAAUACAACUCGGACAACAUCCGUCCAUGCUGCCCAACGACUUUGACGUAGAUGUUUCGGGUAAUUUGGUGCUCAGCCUUAAUGGCGGCGAGGUAAUGUAUGAUUCCUCUGCGCCAGCAAGCCCCGACAAGUCCACAUCCACAGGUGAAUUGGACGCACGUCCCCAGACGGCAACUGGUGCAGAUCUGUAUGCCACGGACUAUGCGCAAAUCCAGGCCAUUGAGCUGGUCAAUGAUGGCACUGGCCUUGGAUUUGGCAUCAUUGGUGCACGUAACUCUGGCGUGAUAGUAAAGACCAUACUACCGGGCGGCGUGGCGGAUCGUGAUGGUCGCCUGCGUUCUGGUGAUCACAUACUGCAGAUUGGAGAGGUUAAUCUGCACGAGAUGGUGUCCGAGCAGGUCGCUGCUGUGCUGCGGCAAUCAGGCACACAUGUACGCCUUGUUGUGGUGCGUCCGAUUGAACAGAGUCUGCCAACACCGCAAUAUGCUUUAGAACCGGGUACGGCUGUGGUGCCCACUCGCGUCCUGGUCGAUCCCGCCGAACUAGAACGGUAUCUUAUUUCCACUGGGUAUCCGGAAAUUUUUGGCGAGAGCUCGACGGCGUCUACCCCGCAAACUACCACAGAAGACGAUCGCUUUAUUUAUCGCGGCGAGACUUCCCUUCUUAUAGACCCCAGCAUAGAUUUGGAAGAGUUGCUGGCGCUGCCUGAGACAGAAAAAUUGCAAGUGGAGCUGAAAAAGGACGCCAAUGGUCUGGGCAUUACCAUAGCUGGCUACGUGUGCGAAAAAGAAGAGCUUUCGGGGAUUUUUGUUAAGAGUGUUUCGCCUGGAUCUGCUGCUGACCUUAGCGGGCGCAUUCGCGUUAAUGAUCGCAUCAUCGAGGUGGAUGGCCAGUCACUGCAAGGUUAUUCCAAUCACCAGGCUGUCGAGCUGCUGAAGAAGUCUGGCCAGGUGGUGAAUUUGCGGUUGGAGCGUUACUUACGUGGUCCCAAGUACGAGCAACUGCAGCAGGCCAUAGCCGCUAAUGCUAAUGAGAAAAUACCAGUGAGCGCACCAGGCACGCCAUCACGCGCUCCCAUUCCGACGCCACUUUGUACGACAUCCAGCAAUAUAACUUCAACCAAGGAGUUGGAGAAUGAGAAUGAACCACUGCCAGCCCCUGAAGGCUUUAUAGUAACUACGCCACCCUCCAGUUCGCUGGCUACCACCACAACGCUGAACAGCUUUGGCGCUGGCAAGCAGCUCGUUGCUGUACGGGACUCACUUGACGGGACUCCCAAAAUUAUCCCCACGGAAUUAGUGCAGCGGGAACUGGCGGAUAAGCCGGAGUCUGCUGUACACGCCAAGAACGUCAGUCUGAUUUCACGCCAUAAGUAUUAUACGGAGCCAGACCUCACCGAGGAUAUGGAGUUGGAGAUUGUGCGCAAAUGGCAAAAGAUUGUUGGCGCAGACAUGGAAGUUAUUGUGGCGCAGAUCAAAAAGUUUGCCGUGGGUGGCUUGGGCAUCUCGCUAGAGGGCACGGUGGAUGUUGAAGGUGGACGCGAAGUUCGUCCGCAUCAUUAUAUACGAUCAAUACUACCAGAUGGUCCCGUAGGUGUCAAUGGCGUAUUGCGCUCCGGAGAUGAGCUACUGGAGGUUAAUAGUGAGCGACUGUUGGGUAUGAACCAUCUGGAAGUUGUGGCCAUUUUGAAGGAGCUGCCACUCGAUGUGCGCAUGGUGUGUGGCCGCAGUAAGAUAAGCACACUGUUGCCUUUUUCCGACGAUACGCUGAAGAAGCUUAGCAACAACUUUGAGAAUCUGUUGCCAGCCACAGACCGUCUGGUGAAGGCCAAGUCCGAUGGCAGUUUGGCCACUGCUGGGUCUGUUGCAGAUGGAGAUUCCGUGGCAGCUGCGGCCAACUCGUUCAACAAGCUGAAGUCUCGCUCAUUAGAGCCAUUGACAGGAUUGGCCAUGUGGUCUUCGCAGCCGCAGAUCAUAGAACUAAUAAAAGGUGAUCGUGGCUUGGGUUUCUCCAUACUGGAUUAUCAGGAUCCUUUGGAUUCCAAUGAUACGCUAAUUGUUAUACGUUCUUUGGUACCCGGCGGUGUAGCGCAACAGGAUGGGAGGCUCAUACCCGGCGAUCGUUUACUGUUUGUCAAUUCUAUUAACUUAGAAAAUGCUUCAUUGGAUCAGGCAGUGCAGGCGCUAAAGGGUGCACCCAAGGGAGUUGUGCGUAUAGGCGUAGCCAAGCCCUUGCCCAUGACAGAUAAUUCGUUGAAGGCCUGUAGUAAUGCCAGCACCACCAGCGAGGAGACGCUUGAUCCACAGCAAUCGCCACCAGCGCUGCCCACAGCAGCACCGCCAACGGUAAUCAAAGGCGUCGAGCCUGAUCUGAUACCCGACUGGCGCAAUUAGAUUGUUAUACCGUUAACAAAUGAAU